AUGUCCUCCUCGCGCACUUACACCGACGCCCUCGAGCGUCUAAACACCCUCAUCCCCAACCUCAAAGUCCACGCCCUCUUCAACGCCCCAAAACAACAGCCGCAAAACCCCCCGGCCAAAGAUGCCUCCAAACCCGCAGACCCCAACGCCCUCGCCAUACCCGAAAUGCGCGCCUGGCUCGCCCGCGCAUCCCUCACCCCAGCCCGCCUCUCAAACAUCUCCUACGUCCACAUAGCAGGCACCAAAGGAAAAGGCUCCGUCACAACCCUCACCACCUCGGCCCUGAUAACGUCCCGCAAGGCAGGCCGCGUCGGCACCUACACGUCCCCUCACCUCGUCUCCCCGCGCGAGCGCAUCGCCAUCGACGGCCAACCCAUCUCGCAGGCCCUCUUCGCAAAGUACUUCUUCGAGCUCUGGGAUACCCUUUCCGCUGCGCCCGCCAACGAGGAACUCGGCAUGGAAGCCGGGUCCAAGCCCUUUUACUUCCGCUAUCUCACCCUGCUGGCCCUACACGUCUUCCUCGCCGAGGGCGUCAAGACGGCCGUUGUGGAAUGCGGUAUCGGAGGCGAGUACGACGCGACCAACAUUAUCCCCGACGAAGCCGUCACCGCGAGCAUCAUCACCCAGCUGGGCAUCGACCACGUAGCGAUGCUGGGGUCUACGGCGGAGCAGAUCGCCUGGCACAAGGCCGGCGUCAUGAGACCCGGAGUGCCCACAUUCACCCGCCGCCUCGACGACCAGCCCGGCGUGAUGGACGUCCUCCGAUCCCGAGCACAGGAGAAGGGUGCGGAACUAAUCGAGGUCCCCGACGACGCAGUCGUUUCCUGGACCGGCGUGCCCGGGGCGAAGCUUACCGGCGGCGACUUUCAGAAGCGGAACCAGGCCCUCGCAGCGCUUGCUGCGCGGCAUCAUCUCAGCGUUCUCGAGGCGAAGGACGCAACCCCGGUAAGCUCGUUGGACGACGUGCCCGAGGAAAUCAUCUCUGGGCUCCGCGAAGCGACCCUACGCGGCCGGCAGGAAGUGAUGCAGCAGGGCCCGGAGACAUGGUACCUCGACGGCGCGCACAACACGGACAGCUUAUCCGAAGUAGCCCGCUGGAUCUCGCCGCUCGUCGCCGACCCCAAGACGUCGUUUGUCCUCGUCUUCAACCAACAGGAGCGCGACGCCGCCGAGCUCCUCCUCGCCUUUCUGAAAGAGGUCGAGGCAGCCGGCGUCGACCCCGGCGCGAAAAUCGCCGGCGCAGUCUUCACGCGGAACGACAAGGCCAGGCUCGAGGACGCCGACCUGAGCGUCCAGCAAAAGUGCGCGGAAGCGCUGAACAAGGCGUACCCCGACGUCAGGACGACGGUGUGCGCGGACCUGGCGGAGAUGAAGGCCGCGGUGGAGGCCGUCACUGUCGAUGCCGACAAGCAAGGUCUCGUACCGAAAGUGCUCGUGACAGGGAGCAUGUACCUCGUCGGGAACGUCAUCGGUUUCUUGGAACCGGACAGUUUACUGUGA